AUGAUAGUGUUGAAGUUAUGGAUCAAACACCAACCCAAGAAAACUCUGCACCUCAUGAACCGUAGUAGACUGAAAUUGCUACUUUGUGAUGGUAGCCAACAAGAAGCAAUCCGUGUGAAUUUGACCAACAAGAGUGGUUUAACUGCUUUGGAUGUGUUGGAUGUGAUACAGCAAAUGGCGGGUGAGCCCACUGAUUUCAUGCUCAGGGAUUUGCUUCUGCGUGCAGAAGCCUUAAGAGCCUCAGAACUUGAACACAUUGACACUGCUCAUGUUCAUCACAGGCAAAUCUCGGUGACGGAGGCACCGCCUCCCCAGACUCUCUGGCACUUCUUAUUACAUGAGAUUUCACUUCUGAACCCUUGGAGAUUUUGGAAAACGUUAGCAAAGGAAGUGAAAAAUUCUUCAUCACAAACUCAAAAUGCUUUGUUGGUUCUGGCUGUACUUAUCGCAACUAUUACCUACCAAUCCUUAUUAAGUCCUCCCGCUGGCCUUUAUAAUGGUGACGAUUUCAGUGCUGCUAAUAUAUCAUUCAAUUUACGAGAAUUCCUUCCAUUCAUGGUUCCCAACUCUGUUGGAUUUUUCGUAUCGCUUGCGGUGAUUAUUUUGGUUAUGGAUGGGUUUCCACUCAAAGCGUUGCUGGGGAUCGCUGUGCGCUGCAUGGCUGCAGGUCAUCUUUGCAGACUUUUCAUGAUUGGACCUACUAGUUUCAAGGCUACAGAUUCGGCGAUGAUAAUAAUAGGAACAUUAGUAUCGAUGGACUUGGUUCGCUUCAGCUACUGGUUAGUCAAGAGAUGGUCCAAAGAAAUUAGAAACAGAAGAAGAAGAAGAAGAAUCUAA